AUGAAAACACCCGGUAUUCUCUCAAAGCUUAUGAUGAAAGCUAUCGAACAAAAGAAUGUGGAAAUGGUAGAGUUUAUGAUAAACCGAUACAGUCCUCCAAUCAAAAACCUAGAUGCAUUGUUAAAAACAACAUUGAAAACAGGAAAUGUACAGAUAUUCAAUAUGAUCAAACAAUACAUUCAACUACCGCCCUCCAAGAUCUACAAGAUACUGAAAUACUUUUCGGAUGUCGAGUUUGUAAAGCAGAUGUUCGAAGCGGAAGUCACAUCGAUACACAUCAACAAAUAUAUAUCGCAGUUGGUGAAAUGCAGCUACAAGGAUGUGAAAUGGUGUCACAUCGAUAUUCUUAGAUAUCUCAUCGAUCGCUCAGAGACUGGCUAUACUUUUCAACCGGACGUCGAAUGUAUCUUGAGCCACAGAGAGGUCAAUCCAUUCCAGUUUGAACCAGACCAACUUCCAUACUACCACUUGGCGAUGAUGGCAUACUACACUGAAUCUCCAGAUAUGGUAUUCGUUGCCAAGCAAGUGGUAUCUUUCAAAAACUGUUUGUUUUUGGAGUAUAUCAUCGACUCAAACUUCUUGGUGGAAAACGGAAGCUUGGAAAUGGUAAUGAAAUUUAGGAAACACCAACAACCGACAACGCAUAUCUACUCAUUGAGCGCAACUGAGAGUUUGGAGAUUCUUGCUUUCGUUCGUAAUAACGGUCAAGUCAGCAUGGAAUACAAUGCAUACAGAGAAUUGAUAUAUCGACACGAUCAUAGAACGGUGCUCUACAUUCACGAUGAGGAGAUCAUGCCACUGUUUUUUCUACAGUCCUACCUAAUUAAUAUUGACCUCUUCAUUGGUAUCGUACAGAGAACAAACGAUGAUUACACAAUCAAUUCGUUCAGCUGGGGUAUUCAACACUUUGGUAGACUUUUUCAAGCUGGUUUUCGAGACUAUUUCGAUAGAGACGAUACCAUGAUAAAACUAAUCAAGAAUAGACAGAAAUCGGAUUUCGAACUUGCAGCAAAGAGCUUCAAACGUUUGGUAGACCCUCUUGAGUUUUUAGAGAUUGGAGAUUUGGAGUGGAUGGACGAAAUGUUGGAAAAGAAACUUUGUCUGUCUCAAACUAAAGAUUCACUAAGAUUCUCUUUUCUUCUCUAUGAAUACUUUGGAUCGGAAAUAGCUCAUUCAAAAUAUAAUCGUUUAUUUGUAUCAUGA